CAAAAACAACAACAAUAAUAACGAACGAAGUGAAGAUCGAAAAAAAAAUUACGGUCGACAUGGAAAACACACACGUAUUACACAUGCAUACGUACGUCAAAAUAUAUACAUUUAUAUAUAGAUAUGUAUGUGAAUAUACAUAUUAUAUAUAUAUGUAUAUAUACAUAAAAAUAUUUUACGUAAUGCUGCGACCAUUGUUAACAUAUUUAAUAACUUAUAUAGAGAAGAGAGAUAAUAACGAUGAUAACAAUAAUAAUUAAAAAAAAGAAAAAGAAAUGGAAAAAAUAAAGUAUACAUAUAUAAAUAUAUAAAUAUUAUAAAUAAUAAAAAUGCGGUAUAGUGCGGGAGGAGCCGACGGCUAAACAAUAAAGUUUCAUUAUUGUUAUUAUUAUUUCGAGAAGAAAAUCGAGACAUUAUGUUUAUGUACAUAUAUACAUGCAUAAAAUACAUAUAUAGAGAAAUGCAUACAUAAAGAAAAAGUAAAAGAAGGAAAAGCUGACGCCCGUACACGUGGUCUAUCAGAAAAAUAAAAAAAGAAUUGGAAAAAGAAACAUAACAAAAGAUAUUUGCACUUGUAUGUAUUUUCCAUUGAAAUAUACAUAUAUAUAUAUGUGUGUGUGUGUGUACGAAUAUACACAUACAUACAUAUACGAUAUAUAAAUGUAAAUGAGAAAGAAAGUAAAAUGGAAGAAGAAAAACGGAAUAGGUACGCAAUAUUGUGAAAAAAGAUAAGAAAGAAAAAAAAAAGAAAAUGACACAGAAAAAAGAAAGAAAAUCAAGAGACGAAUAAAAAAUGGAACGUAUUAGACGAAUUUUUCCGUCGAUUGAUGAAAGCUAAUAAACUAUGAUAACCUUUGAAAAAUAUUUCACUAACGAAUGAGAGAGAGAGAGAGAGAGAGAGAAAAAAAAUGGGCCAAAAAAUUAAUGAAAAAAUCGAAUUUCGUUUACGUCGGCCGCCGAGGCACGAGAGGACGCACAAACGAGGAAGAAAAUUAAAAAAAAAAGGACAAUCUGAAGGACGAACUGAAAGGUGUUACGGAUAUGAGAUCUCGAAAGAGCGACGAUCGAUGGAACGAAAAUUUGUCGAAGAACGAGACGAGAAAUCCGAGCGAUAAGAGGACGAAGGACGAUAGGGACGAAACCGUUAUUACUUGGAAGAAGGAUUUGGAGGAAAAAAAUAAAAGGAUCAUGGAACUCGAGGAGGAGAUGUCUAUGAUGAAAGAUCUUCUUGAUAAUAAAAAUCAAAUGGAUAAGUUUGAAUAUACGAGGGGUACGAGGAACGACGACGAGUCCUGGAAAAAGGAAGUCGAAGCUAAAAAUCGUAGAAUCGUCGAACUUGAACAAGUUAUGGCGUCCUUGGAGAACUUUUUAAAGGAACACACUGAUACCGAGGGUAUCAGGGAACUCGAAGCGAUCGUCGAAAGGAAAAAUAUGAGGAUCGAUGAACUCGAGGAUACCGUGGCGGAGUUCGAAGAUUUUCUUAAAGAAAAUCCUGACGUUAAAGAGUUACACGAUUUACGCCAGCAGGUAAACGUAUCCGAACGUAGGAUCCAUGAGUUAGAGGAUUGGAUACGUAGAAAUGACGGUACUAAUGCUGACGGUGGAAUAGAUCGUGCAAGAAUCAUGGAACUCGAGGAGAUGGUCACCCAUUUGGAGGAUUACGUUAGGAAACAUAACGUUGAUGUACUCAAACAGAAACUUCAAGAUCGGGAAUGUAGGAUCGAACAACUUCAAGGUCGCGUCAAUACUUUGGAAAAGGAGCUGAUCAAGUUCGAAAGGGAUUUGGAAGGUCAGAAAACAUUCACGGAGAGUACAAAAAAUCGUAUGAAAGAUUCAGCGAAUGAUCCAAUAGUUAUCAGUAACGAUGCUAAUAAACCGAAGGAACUGGAACGAUUGAUAUCUGAAAAAGAUGUGAAAAUCGAUGAGCUGGAGAAACGAAUCGUCGAGUCGAAGGAUCAAAUGAAUGAUAUGCAAAAGGAUAUCGCCAGAUUAGAAAAAGAAUUGAGCGAGUACGAGGCAGAGGAUAUUGGAGUUUUAAAGGAAGAGAUAAGGGUGAGGGACGAGAGGAUUUUGCAAUUGGAGGACGAAAUCGAUUCCCUUGAAAGGGCCUUCAACGAGGGAGUCGAUCUCGAACAGAUCGAGGAACUCAUGAACGUUAUUAGCAGAAAGCAGGACAGAGAACGUCAAUUUGAAAAGGAUAUUGAAAGUAAAAAGAACAGAAUCGAGGAACUUAGUGAGGCACUUCGUGAAAGUGUCGUCAUUGCCAGCGACGGUGAGAGAAGAUUUCAACGUGAAGAGAAGUUAAAGAAGAAUGCCCUUGAAAGAGUCGCAAAACUCGAGCAAAGAAUAAUUUCUCUGCAAACAGCCUCGGCUUUGAAAUGUCCCACGUGCAAACCAUUGCUUUCUAAGCUUCAAACUUCGGAAAAAAUGCUUCAACGUCUGACCGAAGAGAGAAGCAUUCAAUUGGAAGAUCUUCACCAAAUGAAACAAGAAGCCUUGAAAGCAGCAGUUUCCGAAAAGGACGCACACUUGGCAUUGCUCGAACUUUCCGGCAUAAAGACGGCUCAACAAGCCGAUCAGGCUGAUAAAUUAAAGGCUGAGAGAAAGAAAUUAAUCGACAGGCUUAAAAGAGAAGAUGAAAGAAGCAUAGAAAUGUCUUUGGAAACGAGCCCAUUGGAUUCGGAUACAACUAUACAAGUGCUUGCUGAAAUACUCGAAACAUCUGAGGACGAAGAGAAAAAGGAUGCAGACGAAAACGAAGAUUGUGUAGAUAAGACGAGCUCUCGUAAAUCAGAGAUCACCACUACCAAUGGCGACAGCUGCGACCACACAACGAUGGAUUCGAGAGACCGAGAAUGCAAGUAGCAGCUAUUAACCAAACAGCAUCAGCAAACAAACACAUCACAACAGCAUUAUACCAGAUAAGUACACGGAGACGCUUCCACGGUAUAUUUCAGUGUAGAAAGAAAAAGAAAAAAAAACACCAUUAAGAUUGGUCCUUUCGUUUCUUCGAUGUUGUCAUGUGCACCCACACGCAAUUGUAGAGGCAGUCUAGAAAGUAUAUCUAGAAUUGUAGAGAAUGAGAGAGAGAGAGAAAGAGAGAGAGACAGAGAGAGAGAGAGAGAGAGAGUGAGAGAGAGUGAAAGAUAAACGAAAUGCCAAAUGAAAUGAAAGGAAAUAGUUCAGAGACACAAAGUAAUAUUAAUAACAACAACAACUACUACUACUACUACUACUCUACUACUACUACUACUACUACUACUACUACUACUACUACUACUACUACUACUACUACUACUACUACUACUACUACAGAUCAACAACAAUAGACAACUCCUAAUCUACUCUCGUCGUAGUCGUCAUAUUCAUCUUUCAUCAAUCGUCAUGACCAUCGUCAUCAUCGUCAUCAUCGUCAUCAUCGUCAUAUUUCGAGCAUCAUCUACUUACAUCUCCUCAUCGAAUCGGCCAUCUUUUCUUUUCUUUCUUUUUCUUUGCGCGCACGAGAAGAGAAUGUUCUCCAGCAAAAAUUAUUUCCCACGCAAUAAGGAUUAAUUAAACAAUAAACAGGAUUUAAAUAAUCCUUUAAAAUUGAUCGCACAUAUAUUUUUGUUGGAGAGUACGAUUCGAAACGAUUUUUGAUAUUGUCCAUCGAUGAACAUACGAGGCGUUCAUACGAUUCAAAUUAUUAUAAUGACGGCCUAUCGUCGAACAUCGUGCGUCGUCAUCCUCGUGUAACAGGCCAGCCGAAUUUUCUUUUUCCUUUUUUUUUUCUUCUUUUCUUCAGUAAAUUCUUUUGCAUUUUUUUUUCCUUUUUUGUUUUGUUAUUUUUUUUUUAUUUUUUAUUGAUUUUUUUUUCACUUUUUUAAUAAGAACCUUGGGAAAGUUUGGGAGAAAUGUUUCUGCGGCAAUAAAAUGGUAUAGUAACAAAGAGAGAAAGAGAGAGAAUAAAUGAAAAAAAGUUUUUUUCACGAUGUUAAAAAUUCAUUAUUAUAAUUAACAUCGUGAGAAAAAAAAAGAUACAAAUAUCUAUCUUUUUCAUCGUCUCCUCUCUCUUUGUAAGAAUCGAUAAAUCUCAAUAUACAAUAGAAACGAGGAAGCGACUGAAGGAUCGAAAUUUAAAGGGUUACCGAGGGGAAGAGAAGCCGAUAAGAAUACCUUAAAAAUAUAUCUGCUCUUUACUUUUCGUUUUCCCAUUUGUUUUCCACGGUUUUCUUUUUCUUUUUUUUCUGGAUUUCUUGUCACGGGUCCAAAAAGGUCUUCGUUGUAUAACGACUAAGUAUUAUAACGAUAGUUAAAUAUAAAGGAGUCCGAGAGUGGGGAAUGUAAGGGAAAAGAAAAAAAAAGAAAAGAAAAAAUAGAACGCGAUCGAUAAGAGAGAGAGAGUGAGAGAGAGAGAGGAAAAGAGAGAGACAGAGAGAGAGAGAGAGAGAGAAAGUUAUAUGAGAUAAUAAAAUUUUCUCGUGGUUAUUUAUCGUAAGCAAUAUUCUAAAGCAAAACUUAAUAAACACUGAGAAAGACAAAGAGAAGAAAUAAAAUAAAAUAAUUAGGAAUGGCGAUUGAAUUAUUUGAUUUAUUUUUUUGUUUGCAAAAUGACAAUAAUAACGAAUGUUCGUGUGUAUUCUGUUAAUAUGCGAGGUAUCUCCAUGAUCGUGGAUCGAUUGGAAUACGAAAAAAAGAAAAGAGUAAAAAUAAAGUAAUAAGAAAAAAAAAUAAGAAGCGAAUUAAUUUUGUUAACAUCAAGAGAACAUUUCUCUAUAAGAGAUUAUCUCAAACGGUACUCCAAGGAAAUAAAUUUUCCAAUGAAAAAAGAGAAAAAAGAAAUUUCUCCAUUUAAGUUAAGCAAAUAUUUUCUUGCUAUAUAAUUCGAUAAUUUUAAAUAUCGUUCUUUGUUAUAUUUCUAAAAAAAAAAAGGAAAAAUUUUUCUAAUCAAUCCGUAUACAUAUAUAAUUAUUAACAACGCGUAAGGAUCGACCGAACGUCAAAUCGAAUUUUGUAAUUUCGCUAAGAAUUCAGAUAAAUUUUAUGAAUGAGAUAUAUGAAAUAAGUAAUGCAAAAAGGAAGAAAAAACAGAACGAAAUAAUCAAAAAAAAAAAAAAGAUCAUCAUCCUCGAUCGUGGAGAAGAAAAACGUGAAAUGAUGCGAUAACGUGAAAAUAUGUAGAAUGUAAAAUGAAGGAAGAAAAAAUAAAAAGUAGAUGAGUUAGGGGAAUGAGGAGAACGUAAUCCGAGGCACUAACAAUAAGAUAAAAGGAACGAAAGGAGACAGUAAAAAAAAUGGAAGAAAGAUAUCAAGAGAAAAAGAAUUAUUGUAAAUAAUAAUAAGCCGAUUCGCGAUGGAUCUCUCGGAACUCCCACUUAAAUAUGUAUAUCCGUUCUAAAUCUACAUAAUAUCCAUUCCCAUACAAGAAAUUAUUAGUGUAUAGAUUCUAUAUCAUAGAUAAAUAUAUAUAUAUAUAUAUAUAUAUAUAUAUAUAUAAACAAAAAAAUAUAUAUAUAUAUACACAUACAACAUACGAGGUAUCUCAAAGAUGCGCGAGAUAUUCGAUUCGUAUGUUCGAACUCGCAUAUUACUCGUGUUCCAUUAGAAAAAUUCAUUGGUUUGAGAAAAUAUUUAGCUACAUAAUUAAGUUCUAAUUCUCCUUCGUUUGCCAAGAGACAAAAGUUUUACCGAGUUUCAUUCGUACGAUUCGAAUUUCCCGCCCUUGCGCCCGCGUGAAAGAAUUCAUCUUUUCGAAUGUACUGAAGAUAAAGUUACGAAGGGUAUCCGAAUUGUCGAUAAAUGAAGAAUUAAUAGAUUAAUAAACGAGAACAACGAAAACGACGAACGAACAAUAAAUUGUCAUUGUCGGACAAUUAAAGAAAAAAGUAAUAACGAAUAUAAUGAAUAGUCGUCGUCGUUGUCAUCGUCGUCGUUGUUGUUGUCGUUGUAGAGAAAUAAAGUAAAUAAAAAAAAAAAAUAAUAAGAAGAAAAAAGAAAAAAAAGAAGAAGAAAGAAAGAACAAUGUGUGGAAGAAACUGAAAUACAUUUUGACUCCGUAGAAAUAAAUAAGAUUCGGUGUAAUCGAUUAAAUUGCGAUAACGUAUCUAUCGUUAUUAUUAUUAUUAUAAUCAUCAUUAUUAUCUAUUAUUAUUAUUAUUAUUAUUAUUAUUAUUAUUAUUAUUAUAUUAUUAUUAUUAAUAUUAUUAUUAUUAUUGCUAUCUUUAUUAUUAUCUUUAUUAUUAUACUAUAUAUAAGCUCGUAUACAUGAAUACAUACAUAUAUAAAAAAAACGAAAAGCAAGAAGAGAGACAAAAAAUAGAAUAUAAAAAACCAGUGAGAACUAUGAUCGUUUGUCGGAUCACACAUCUCGCUGGUUAAUUAAUACAAAGUGUAUAAGCGUAUAAGCAUGUUAUGUCCGCCGUUAACGAAGAGUUAAGUUUAACAAUAAACGAAAAAGGAAGAAAGAUAGAAAGAGAGAAAGGGGGAUUGAGAAAGAAAGAAAGAAAGAAAGAGAGAAAAUGAGAAAAAAGAAAUCGAAAUAAUGUUGAAAGUGUAAAAUUUUAUCGUUAAAUUAUCGUUAAAUAUUUAAGGAUAUUAUAACACACAAGGGAAGUAUAUAAAGCCAAGUAGCUCUUCGUAAAUCCGAUAUUUACUCGCGAUUCCUUCCGAGUUUUAUUUUCUUUCCCCUUCUAUUUCUCCUCUUUUUUUUCUAAUCAUUUUACUACUCCUCGAUCCUACCUGUCGUUUUUUUAUAUUUUCCUUCUCUUCGAAGACGUUCAUCCUCAUCCGCCGACGUCUCUUUCCGAUAAAACAUCGGCCUUCUCGUCGUUGAUAAAUAAAUAUUAAUUGAAAUGUACUUACAUAUAUAUAUAUAUAUAUAUAUAUAUAUAUAUAUAUAUAUGAAAGAGACAAUAUAAUAUUACUUGAUUAUUUCGAAAAAGAAAAGAAGACGAUUUUCCUCCUUCGUUCGUACGGAGAAAACGUAACGAGCUUCGACUAAAUUCGAUUGAAAUAUAUCGACGCGUUUAGCGGUGUAAUAUAUACCAUACAUACAUAUAUAUAUAUAAAAUAUAAUAUAUUAUUGUUCUACGAAUAUAUUAUGUAUAUCGCAUCGUUCGAUCGAGAUCGAAAGAAGCGCGCCCGAUUUUUCUCCAAGUUAACUUUCGAAAUAGGUUUUCGUGUGUACUUUGAAAACUAAUGAGAGCAACAAGAACGUGAGAGAAAGAGAGAGAGAGAGAGAGAGAGAGAAAGAAAGAGAGAAAGAAAGACAUAUAGCGUGAAUGAGUGCGAGUGAGAAAGGAAGAAAGAAAAAUUAUUAUAAUUAGCGUGCCACCGUCAUAUCAAGCGUAUAUCAUUGUGUUACGUCAAAUAUAUAUAUAUAUAUAUUAGACAUACAUAUAUAUAUAUAUCUAAACAAAAAGAAAGAACAAUAUGAAUUAUUAUAAUUAUUAAUAUUAUUAAUAUUAUUAUUAUUAUUAUCAUUAUUAUUAUUAAUAUUAUUAUUAUUAUUAUUAUUAUUAUUAUUAUUAUUAUUAUUAUUAUUAUUAUUAUUAUUAUUAUUAUUAUUACCGUAAUGUAACACAAUUGUUAAGAAGGAUUAAUUGUUGUUCAGUGUUCGCGCCAUACGAUCGGUCGUCUUCCGCUCGGUCGUUCGUGAAUUCAACUUCCGAGUAUUGCAAAUAUUAUACAGACAAACAUACGUAUGUACAUACAUAUAUAUAUAUAUACAUAUAUAUGCAUACAUACAUAUAUACAUAAAUACAUACAUGCAUACAGAUUAAUACGGUGAACUUGCCUAGACAAAUCAAGACCGACGACGAUCACAACGACACGAUAAAAAUGAUUCAUUAGAUCACUUAUUGUUAGAUCAUUUUAGCAGUCACUUUCUCUCUCUCUCUCUCUCUCUCUCUCUCUCUCUCACCUUCUUUCUCUCUCUCUCUCUCUCUCUCUCUCUCUCUCUCUCUCUGCCUAUGUAACUAUUUAUUUUUCUUUCUUUUUCUCUUUCUAUGUAUCUAUCUAUCUAUCUAUCUAUUUAUCUAUCUAUGUAUCUAUCUAUCUAACUAUCUAUCUCUCUUUAUGAUAAUAUCGACAUACAUAUAAAUAGAUACAUAUAUACGUAAUAUUUCGAAUUUGGUCGCUUUUUCCAUUCCACGAAUUUAAUCGCAAUUACAUACAUAUGUAAUCGCAAACGGUAUAAUAUCGAGUACUAAUGAGAUUUUUAUCGUACGCGCCAGUUUUUCUUUAUUUCCCUCGCGUAUAAUGUUCACGUAUAUGUACUUUUUAUCGACUUUACAGAACUUUAUCGAGACUGUUACGAAAGAGAUAUAGCGAAAAAGAGAGAGAGGGAGACAGAGAAAAAAAGAGAGAGAGAGAAAGAGAAAGAAGAUGGUCGUCCCCUAUAGAACGUUGUAAAUGUUUUUCAUCUCGAAUCAAAUUUUAUUGUUAUUAUUAUUAAUUGAUUGAUUAAUUAAUGAAUUAAUUAUAUAAUAUAAAUGUGUAUAAGAGAAAGCCACGGUAUUGCUUUCCCACGAACGACCUUGAUGGAAGAUGCCGUGUAAUAGAUAUGUAGUUGAAAGGAAAAUGGUAUGUAAGUGUGAUUGAGAGUGAAAAGUAUUUAUACGAAAGGAAGAAAGAGAGGAGAGAGAGAGAAAGAGAGAGAGAGAGAGAGAGAGAGAGAGAGAGAGAGAAAGGAGCGAUAGAAAGAUAUGAAAGAUGUGAAAGAGAGAAAUAGAAUGAUUGAAAGAAAGAAAGAGAGAGAAAGAGAGAAAUAGAGCGAAAGGUAUGAUGUGCGAGAGGCCGUCUCGAUAUUAUUUUUCGACACGACUGUUUAAUAUCUACGAUAAACAAAAACAAAAAAAAAAAUAACAAAUAACAAACGUUUUUAUGUGAAUAUUGUAAGGAAAAAAAAAUGUCGCACCGGCAUCAGCUCGAAAACACGUUGCGGAUCCACGGCCGUGUUAAAGCAAAAAACGAAUUUAAGAAAAAAAAAAUGAAAAGAAAGAGAGAGAGAAAGGAGAAAAAGAAAGGAAAAAGAAAAAUGAGAAAAAAAGAAAGGAGUGAUAAAGAUGAUAGGCAAAAAUAAAAAUUCCAGAUACGUAUGUAAAUGAUCGAUAUAAAAUUAUUUUCCGAAUUAUAUUUACGAUUCUUAUUGAAUGUUUAACAUAUUAACAAUAUGGCCCUGUAUCCUCUCGUGAAUAUAAAAUGCCGCAACGACGUGGCUACACGACCGUCGCCUUUUUUUAUUCUCCAAUUUCUACGUGUUUAAUCGCUAAGUAUAACUCAAAAUAAGACAAACGAGGGAAAAUUCAUUGAACGAAAGUGUUUAUGAAAAUGUUUGAGAAAGAAGGACAGAAAAACAAUAAAAAGAAAGUGAAUAAAAUGACAGAAGCAGAAAGAGAGCGAGAGAGAGAGAGAGAGAGAGAGGGAAAAAUAAAAAGAAUCUCGUCGUACUUACAUGCAUAAAAUUUAUUGUUAUUAUUAAUGAAGAUUAAAAAAAAAAAGACAAAAAAAAACAAGAAAAAAAGAACAAAAAAAUGAAAAACGCAAUACAAUUUUCAAUCGCAUGUAUAUACCUAAACGAAAUGAUAAUAAUGUGACAUUCGUGUGUGCAUAAUAAAAAAAUGUUAAAUGGUGUAUCUGCGUCUGUGUAUAUGAGAGACAGAGAGAGAGAGUGAGAGAGAGAGAGAGAGAGAGAGAGAGAGAGAGAGAGAGAGAGAGAGAGAGAGAGAGAGAGAGAGGGAGACGGAUAAAUUGUGCGAUAAUAAAAGAAAGAUAGAGAUGGAAAGAAGAAAAGAAUUAUUGAAAGGAUAAAGAAAAAAAGAGCAAAAAAUUUAAGUAUUACUUAUGUCAUGUUUUGCCUAGUCCUUUGCGAUGCUUAAUUUUUAAGCUCGUAUACGCGUUGAUGCAUGGAAAAGAAAAGAAAAACAGGAGAAAAAGAAAUAAAAAAAAAAAAAAAAUCAUAUCGAAAGUGUCACUCGGUCGUCAAGAUCUUCGCAUAAGAAAAGAAUUAAAAGAAAAAGUGGAACAAAAAUUCGAUUGUUUCGAAACGAAAAUUUCGAGGACGACGAUCGAUGUUUAAAGGAUACGUGAAGAAAUAAAGAACAAUGAAAAAAUAAGAAAGGAAAAUAUAACGAAAAGUAAAAAGAAUGGAUAACGACGGGACUAGAAAAUAAGUUUAUCGAGUUUAAGCUUAAGGGAUAAGCUAUUAAAAGGGAAAAAAAGAUAUUUAAAAAAAAAAUAAAAUAAAAUAAAAUAAAACGAAAAAAGAGUUCAUUGAAGUAAGUACAUUGUUGCAACUGCCAUGCUGUGUGCCAUUAUAUAACGAAUCACGUUUGUCGUAAAGCAAAAAAUUAUAGAAAAAAUAAAAAAAUAAAAAAGAGAAAAGAAGAAAAAAAAAAUAAAUUACACGAAAAGAUUGUCAAAAACGACGAUGAUGAAAUAAUACUUGUGUGCGUUUUCGUCUGUCUGAUUAAGGGAAAAAUGAAAAACACAAAAAAAGAAAAAACUAACAAAAAGAAAAAAGAAAAAAAAAAUGUCGUUCUUUCCAAAAAUUUACAUCUCGCUUUAAAGUCGGAUAAAUAUUCUCGAAAGAAAAAAAGAAAAGAAGCAAAAGAGUAAAACAAAUAAAUAAAUUAAAAAAAAAAAAAAAACUAAAAUAAAAUAAAAUAAAAUAAAAAAGAACAAACCACAGAACUACAGAAAUACAUGCAUACACGUUCAUACAUAUAUACACCCACACAUAAACACACAUAUCCUGUUGUCUUCGCUCGAAGAGAAAGCGAGCGAGCGAAUGGACGCGAUCGGUUUUCAAAUUAUGAUUUUUUCUUGAUAAGAAUUUUAAUUUUUAACGUUUUUAAACAUAAUAUAAUUUCUUCGUCAAAAUUCAUCGACGAAUUUUUCUUUGAAUUAUAGUUCACCUCGAAAUAAAAAAACAAUUUUGCAAGAAUUUACGAAAAUUUUGACGAUUAAUGAAAUAAAAUGGAAAUAGGAAGGAACAAAAGAAAAAGGGAGAGAGAGAGAGAGAAAGAGAGAAAGAGAAAUAAUUAAAUAAACGAAAAACUAAACACAGAUAAACAAACAAAUAAAUAAAUAAGUAAGAAAAAAAGAAACCGAAGUUCCAUUCUCGGCUCGCUCGUUUCCACCCGUCAAAUAAUAUUCCGUGUGCUCGCUCGCGCGAAAUCAUCAUGUAAAUCACAGUGAACGCGAGAAAAGCCACACUGUAUAUACAUAUAUAAGGAAUAAUAAUAAAUAUGUAUAAAAAUAUGUUGUACGUGUUAAUAAGCAUGGGCGUAAGCGCACGGUUAUGAUAACCGAUAAACGUUUUUCAAACGAUCAUCGACCAUUAAAUAAACGAGCGAAUUUCUUCGCGACGUGCGAGAGAAGAAAAUUAUUAUGUGAGAUUUCCGUUCCUGCGCAUUCAAAAAUAAAAGAAAAGAAAAUUAAUAAAACAGAAGAAUUGAAAACAGAAAGUUGUCAUCUUCACCCUAUAUACAUACAUACAUAUAUAAAUAUAUAUAUAUAUAUAUAUAUAUAUACAUAUAUAUAUAUGUAUGUAUGUAUGUACGAAUAAAUUGUUGAAAGAAAAAGAUUCUGAUUAUGCGCAGGAACGAAUUUCUGUGAGUCGUGGACUUUCGUAAAAUAUAUCGCGACGUCUUUAGGGAAUAUAAUUCAAUUUGUUAGUAAAGAAAAAAAGAAAGAAUGAGAGAGUGAAAGAUUGAAAGAGAGAGAGAGAGAGAGAGAGAGAGAGAGAGAGAGAGAGAGAGAGAGAGAGAGAGAGAGAGAGAGUGAGAAUGAAAGAGUGAGGGUGAGAAUGAAAGAAAAGGAGAGAUAGUGAGAGAAAGAGAGAGAGAGAGAGAGAGAGAGAGAGAGAGAGAGAGAGCGCCGACGAUAUGAGAAAAAAGAAAAGAAAAAGGAAAUAAGAAAAGAAAAGAAAAGGAAAGAAAAGGGAAAAAAAGAAUUAAAAUUAAGUAUAAACCAAAGAGAGAAGACGUCGACUCGUCAUAGAUUCAAGCACAAUAAGGACUAGUAGGGCCAGGCACAAUAAAAUUCGGCCGUCACGUUGUAGGCAGCGAUCUGUUAGAGUGACAAGUCAUAUUAAGUAUCUAUAUAUAGCGAGACUAUUAAAUAAACACAUAUUGUCUAUUGUCAGACGAGUGUAUCAUUCAUUGUUGACGUUAAACUCGUUUAUCCUAUCCGACCUUCUGAUAAAACGGAUGCUGAAAUAAAAGAAAUAAAAACAAAAAAAAAGAAAGAAAAAAAUGCAUCAGAGAA